GUUACGCAAUUUGCGGUGCGCUGCGCGGUGCCUGCUGGGAUCGCAUCCGGGCACCUCUCUGAGGUAAACGGCGGGGCCGGAGGAGCGCUGCCCGCCGCCAUCUCGCUGCCAGGCCUCAGGCCCCCCUUCCAGCCGGCGCCAUGGCGAUGCAAGCGGCCAAACGAGCUAAUAUCCGGCUGCCGCCAGAAGUCAACCGGAUCUUAUACAUCAGGAACUUGCCCUAUAAAAUCACCGCGGAGGAGAUGUACGAUAUCUUUGGGAAAUACGGGCCUAUUCGGCAGAUCCGAGUUGGGAACACUCCCGAAACGAGAGGAACAGCCUACGUAGUCUAUGAAGACAUCUUCGACGCUAAAAACGCCUGUGAUCAUCUGUCAGGGUUCAACGUGUGCAACAGAUACCUUGUCGUUUUGUACUACAACGCAAACAGGGCAUUCCAGAAGAUGGACACAAAGAAGAAAGAGGAACAGCUUAAGCUUCUCAAGGAAAAAUACGGAAUUAACACAGACCCACCAAAAUAAACUGAUUUUUUUUUUUUUGGAAAAUGUUUUCAAGACCUGCCAUUGUGUUCUUGAACUACGUAAGGAUUCUCUCUGUAUAUAUUUUUAAAAUUUAAUAGGCUGUAAUCUCAAUCUUUAGAUCUUCGUAUUAGGAUUAAAUGUAAAGCAUCAGAAGAUCUGCUUUAACACCAACCCCCCCCCUAAAUGGACACAGCUUCGUCAUGUUGCAGGGCUGAGCUGUAAGCGCUGUGUAACCACCAUCCUCUCUGGCAGGCCCUUGUAGGACAGGACUGAGCACAGGCCUGCUGAAAUCCUGCCCAGACUGCAGGACUGAGCUUAAACAGGGCGGCCAGUUCAUGCAGAGAGCUAAAGGGGCUUUGUAUCAGCUGUCUGCGUGGUGAAUUUCACUUGCCACUCCUAAAAAUGGAGUAUUGUGAGUAAAUAAGUGUCCCUGCCACAGGGAUUCUCAUCCUUUUUGGUUUUUCAUUAAAAAAAAAAAAAAGUAUGUUUUGAUUCUCGUUCACACCUGUAUGUUUUACACAAUUCACUGCACCUUUCUCCUCAGAAUGUUUGUUACUAGGAACAAACAAAGCCUGACUCCAUGUUCAUAAUGAAGUUUCUUCCACGAACUAGGAAAUGAGUGGCCUUUUAAAAUAAUCCAACUGCUUUGGUGACUUCUGUCAAAAUGCCUUGUUCCCAGCAAUGAGGACAGACCAGGUGAGCUGCUGUGAGACAAUCUUGCUCUAAUGGCACAUUGCUGUAUAGCUAAGAGAGAGAUUUUUAAAUGUACCAGGUUAAAACUGAAGUUAGUAAGAACAACAGGAAUAGACUUCAUGCUUUUCAUGUUGUUAGGUAACACCAGACUGAAGCAAGGCCACAGAUACUGGUGGUAAUUUUAGAUUCCUGUGAUGUGAUUGUUUCCUGUUUGUCAUUUGAACUCUGUGUAAUAUCUGGUGGAGGAAAAAGGAAACCAGAUUUAAAUUUUGGGGCUCUUUAUUUCUAAAAGCAUCAGUGCUCAUGUCUCGUGGAUAAAAAUCAGUUUGUUGGUUUGCAUAACCAGUCUAAUUGAGAAGUGGUCAGGACUGAGCUCUGCCUCUGGUCUCAACAGCUGCGAGUUGUGUGACAGCAGGUAGUCAGCCCGUCUCCCAGGAGGAUUUAUGUGCUUGGAUUUUGAUGUUCAGCUCACUGACCAUGCAACUCGUAGCCAGCGCAGAACAUGGGCAGAUGCAAACGUGUUUUGCCUGAGGAUAUAUAAAUCAGGUUAAAACCUGUCUAUUAUGUUGUCAUAAAGGACAAUUUUUUUUAUUCUAUCUGACUUUAAAACAUGCAGUUCUGUCUGUUUAGUAAAAAAAAACAAAAACAAAACAUAAAUAAACAUGUAUAUAAUUUUGCUUUGUUUUUAAUCAAACUUUAUGCUGUGUUUGUAACCUUUUUAAAAAGGAAUCAGUCCUUACAGGAACAUGUGACACAGGAAAUACUUUGCUGAGCACCCCUCACUGUAUAUGUGGUGUGUGCAUAAACAUUCCUGCUUGUUCAGCAGGUGGGUGAGGGGGGGAUGAUGCCCAGCGCUGCAACAGAAGCUGUCACCUGUAUUUGCCGGGUGCUGUUCCUGUUGUUUCUCAGCUGGGAGCACACACAGGGUUCCUCAGGAAUGCUUCAAUGAGCGAAUUUCACUUCAGGCCCCGAGGCCUGACUGCUGUGUGCACAGCUGUAGCUCUGUGAGGGUGCUGAGGGGUGCCAGAAGGACGCACACAUCCCUGACACAAGUUGUUAGUGAGCAUUUAGAAAGCCCCUGGCUGUAACUGGAACCAGAGGUGCUCAUUACCACGCUGGAUUUAUGCUUCUAAUAAAUAAAUGCUGGCAAUAAACCACUGAUGGACUAGGGAUGGAGCCACGUUCUGUCAGACUUGUUUAAAGUCACGUACAAAUCCUGCAUUCCCUCUAUCAAUAGCACAGAGCGCGUUGCGUGCACUGUAGGGUCUGUUUGGGUGAGGAUUUGAUGCUGUUCGAAAUAUAUAUAUAUAAAGCAAUUCUUUAGGGUAAUAAGAUUAAUAAAAAUUCCUUCAAUGAAUCCUCAAGAUCAGCAGCUUUUGAUUUCUCGGAGAGCUCAGCUGCUGCCUUUCAUUAAAUAUUCCAUUUCAUACUUUUUCUUCUAGUGCCUGUUCAGGGCUUUCAGUGUCCCUGCACAUGUAAAAUGAAAUAAUAAUUUGUACCUGCAAGACAGAGGGAAUGGAAAUCGAAUGCCCGGAGGAUUGUUUUGAUGAGGUCUGCUCAAGAUUUUGUUUGAAAUGGAAUAUCAAAGGAUGGGGAAAUGAGUUCAGUUGUAUGAAUGGCAGAGAGGGCAGUAAAUAAGGCAGAUGUUACCAGCCUUGCAGUCUACAUCUGUGCUGGUUUUUGUGUGCACUCGCUUUCCGUUUAAUUUUUGAGGAAGUAGGGCAUGAAAUUAAGCCUGGAAGGUCAUUUUUUUCCAUCUCCACUGUUUAGAAAUUAGUAACAAGAGCAUAUCUGAUUACACAGGCAGUGGCAGCAAAUUUUUUCCAAUCCAUUAUACAGUGGUAAUAAUUAUAUGUACUGUGUUGAUCGAUGAUACAAUUAAAUAAAUUAACGCAUUUGCAGUCAAAUAAAGAGCUGAAGAUUACAUUUCCUUGAAGACUUAAUUUCCCUAAGUAUCACAAAGCACAAUUAGUUUUCCUUUCAGAUUUUUUUUUUCAAUGAAAUUGGCAUGAAAAAUGUAAUAAUCUCUGCUUCCAACAAAGGUCUCUGAAGAGAGAGGGGUGAUGAGGGAAGAGAGCUUCAUCAAGCAGCUGUAACGAGGGUUUUGCAGGCUGGGGUUGUUCGACCGAGGGCACUGGAAAGGUGCCUAGUUUUUUUUUUUUUUUUUUUUUUAUCUUUCUCCAUGAUAAGAAACCCGAGAAGAGGAAAAGGAGAGCAAUGCCCGAGCUGUUGUGUAGACAGCAGCAGGGUGGAGAGGUGAUGGAGGUGUACCGGGAGCACGCGGUCGCUCUGGGCACGCUGCAUUGAUCCUUCCCAGCACCGUUUGCUUUCGAGGCAUUUGGGAAAGGUCCUCACUGUGAGCUCUUGGUGAGUCUAUGCAUCUUCCUGCCUCCAGAGGAGGAGCCGGUGCUUUGUGCAUUCAUGCAACUGUCAAAUGGAAGAAAUGUUCCUGCCUCGAGUGCUGUGAGCAUGGUGUGGGAAGUACAAUUGCAGGUUAUGUGACCAGCACCUGAAAGUGCAGCCCAAAAAUAAGAUUUUGUGAUAAUGAACAAGGUUUUGUGAGGUGGAUGCAUACAAUUUUGCUCCUUUUCAGCCUGGUUCAGCUCCAGCAGGAAUUGUUAGACUGGUUUUGCCAUUGAGAAUUGAACCUGCACUGUAGGAACAUCCCCUUCCUUCUCUUUAGCAGCCAAAUUUUGGCCAGAGUUGAGGGGUCACCAGCAGCGCAGGGGAGAUGAUGGAGGGUCAGGAAACCUACAUGUACCCUCCUAGGUGCUGCUGCCCCUACAGGGAUCUUCCAUGGGGUAGUCUGUAACAGAACAGUAUGUAAAAUUAUGCAUGUUCAUGUAAAGAGAGACAUAAUUAACAAAAAAAAUUGGUGGAUGAUUGUUUGAAGAGCAUCUUAUGCACCAAAUAUCAUUCCAACGGUCAGCAGAAAGCAGAAAAAAAAAAAAAACA